AUGGAGUUCUUGAAGCGGUUGAAGGGCAAAGGAGGUGCCCAGGCUGCUCUUGCUGAACCCCCAACAGAUGAGCUAUUCUCAACGGUUGGAGAAUAUGGCCUUCAAACGUUAUCCGAGAACGCUGAUGAUAUUAUCGACAAAACCAGCAUCGUUUUCGUCCACGGUUUAACCGGCAAUCGCGAAUCGACUUGGACCGACAGGACCGCCAACGUGUUCUGGCCAAAGGAUCUACUCGCAAAAGAUCUCCCAAAGGCGCGAGUCAUCACGUUUGGGUACGAUGCCGAUAUCGUUCGAGGAUUGAGCACGGCCGGAAACGGCACACUGAGAGACCAUGGGAAAGCUUUAGCUGAGGAUCUGGCUAUGCGGAGGAAAAGGACAGAUUCUAACCUUCGCCCCCUGAUCUUCGUUGCGCACAGCCUUGGUGGAUUGGUUGCUGAGCAGGCGAUGCAGGCACUUCUUGUCUCACGCGGCUCGGCUGAACAGCAUGCUAAGGACUUGCUUGAAAGCACCGUAGCGAUUGCGUUCAUGGGUACUCCACACCUCGGGUCGAAUCUUGCAAAUUGGGGGCAUCCAAUCUCGAAACUUUCAAAUCUGCUGCGCAAAACCAACUCCGAGAUUGUAGGAGUCUUGCAGCCAGGCUCUGAGAUGCUCGCCGCGGUCCAACAAGAGUUCCAUACCAUGCUUGACGACCGAAGCAGAAACGACAGCAAAUAUAUCAAUAUCUUUUGCUUUUAUGAGGAAGUCGGAUACCCUGGGCUCGGCGAGAUAGUACCAAAGCAAUCAGCGAUCCUCACGGCGUAUCCAAACAAUGGCAUCCAUGCAACCCACACAGGGAUGACAAAGUUCAAGACUUCUAUGGACGCCGGCUAUGUGCGAGUACAUGAUCGGCUUUGGCUCUGGUAUAAUACGGUUGAAGAGAGUCAAGAUUCAUGGAAGGAAAAGAAGGAUGCCGCGAAAAGGCAACACCAGCAGCUUCUUCAACCUGCUAGCGUCAAUGAGAGCGGUCGCGGAGAGGCUGCGAACAUCGGGUCUGUUUUUAACGGUCCCGUUUCUGCCCACACGAUGAUUUCUGGAACUCAAGUCACUGGCGGAACGGCUAAUUUUGAUCUCCGUGGAUGA